GGGGCUGGGAGCACGUGUCGCCAGGGGAGGGAAGGAGCGGCGUCCGUUCCGCCGAGUCACGGCGGCCGAGUCACCGUGGCUGACUCACCCGGGGCGCCCCUCCCUUCCUGGCCCAGAGCGUCCGGGGCCCCGACAACCUCGAGAGCGAGCGGGAGAUGCCGCCAGCGCUCCCUGGAUCCCGGAACUGGGGUCACUGGGCCCCCAGAGCGGGGCCAGGGACACCGCUGUAUGGACUUGCCUGGGCUUGAGCCGGCUCUUCCCGGAGGACUGGGCGCCCACACCCAGAGCCCAGCCCCAGAGCUUGAACCCAGUUUUCCCGAACACUGAACCCCAUCUCAACCCAUUCCUCCCAUUUCUGGCUGUAAGAGAAUAGUGGCAGGUAAUUCCUGGAGCGCAUGCAGUACAGCCAGGCAUCCGGCUGGGCAGUUUUCAAAUCAUUUACCGAAUUUCACAGAAUCUAAGACCCCAAUGAUUUUAAAACCCAGCCACCAAUUCUUUUAUUUUUUAAAUCUUUACUGUUGAAAGUAUUACAUAUUCCCCCCUUCUCCUCCAUCCCGCCCCACUGACCUCUUUUAACCCGCCUCCACCUCCCAAUUACUAUUAUUUUUUAAAUUCUCACCUGAGGACAUUUUUUCCAUUGAUGUCUAAGAGAGUAGAAGGGAAGGAGGAGGGAGAGAGAGAGAGAAACAUCAAUGUGAGAGAGACACAUCGAUUGGCUGGCUCCCACACAGGGGUGCCCCUACGGCGGGGGGCUCGGGAACCCGCAACCCAGGUACAUGCCUUUGUCCGGAAUCGAAUGGAGACCCUUCGGUCUGCAGGCUGGUGCUCUAACCAUUAAGGAGACCAUCCAGGGCACCACUUUUUUUAAAGUCACCAAUUAAACUGAACUCAAAGCUACUAAAGGAAGUUCCACCUGGUGCCAAGCAUCAAUGCUGUGAGUGGCAGCCAGGAGCUGCAGUGGAUGGUUCAGCCUCACUUCCUGGGACCCAGCAGCUACCCCAGACCUCUGGCCUAUCCUCAGUACAGCUACCCACCGCCCCGGCCAGGAGUCAUCCGGGCCCUGGGGCCACCUCCAGGGGUGCGUCGCCGGCCCUCUGAACAGAUCAGCCCAGAGGAGGAGGAGCGCCGUCGGGUGAGGCGCGAGCGGAACAAGCUGGCCGCGGCAAAGUGCAGGAACCGGAGGAAGGAACUGACCGACUUCCUGCAGGCGGAGACCGACAAGCUAGAGGACGAGAAAUCAGGACUGCAGCGAGAGAUUGAGGAGCUGCAGAAGCAGAAGGAGCGGCUGGAGCUGGUGCUCGAAGCCCACCGCCCCAUCUGCAAAAUCCCGGAAGGAGCCAAGGAGAGCGACACUGGUGGCCCAGGCGGUGCCAGCAGCCCAGCAGCCCCCUCCCGCCCUGUGCCUUGUAUCUCCCUCUCCCCAGGGCCUGUGCUUGAACCCGAAGCAUUGCACACCCCCACGCUCAUGACCACACCCUCUCUGACUCCUUUCACACCCAGUCUGGUUUUCACCUACCCCAGUACGCCUGAGCCCUGUGCCUCAGCCCAUCGCAGGAGCAGCAGCAGCAGUGGGGACCCAUCCUCUGAUCCCCUAGGCUCCCCCACCCUCUUGGCCUUAUGAGGCACUCUGGUUAUCCUCCCUGGCCAAUAUCUCCCCAUCCAUUGGUCCAGCUGGCCUGGGCUAUAUCCCAUGCUCAACCCCAGCAGGUUCUCCAUCCCUCCAGAUGAGACUGAGCCUAUUUGGCUUCCUGGCAGAGCCAGCUUGGGGCCACCAAAGCUGCUCAGUUUCUCUAGAGCUCGCCUCUCUAGCACCAUUUGCAUUAAAUCAGAGACAAACUAUUUCCCAUUUGUGCAAGAGAACUCCUGGCAGCCCCAAAGGACUUUAUAGACCUCUAGAGGUUUUCUGGAGCCCUAACCCGCUCCAGGCCUUCCCUAAGUCUUCAUUACCCUCUUCCUGUGAUCCACCCAACCAUACCCCUGGACAGAAGGUGAUAUGAUACCAGCCUAGAACACUAACUCACCCAGCCCCACUGCCAGCAGCACCCGGUGAUUGAACCAGGGCAUUCUGCCAUCCCCUCCAGAAAUGGCACAGUUCAAGAGUGCUAGAGACUUCUGUGAUGAGCUGAGCUGCAGCCCCUGGCUCUGAGAAGACUUUAGCUCCAGGGAAUCUAAGCCUCCACUGCAAGGGCAGCUGCUAUUUAUUUUCCUAAAGAGAGUAUUUUUAUACAAACCUGCCAAAAUGGAAUAAAAGGCUUGAAGCUC